GCGAGGGCGGUGUCGGUAGUGGAAGCAAAGAAACGUUUUCUACCCUUUGCUCGUCAUCGUCGUCGCCGUCGCUGUCGCCGUCGCCGUCGCCGUCGCUGUUGCCGUCGUUGUCAUCGUUUGUCGUUUUGCUGUGUACGUUCGCGACGAACGAAUUGUUCAGUGAGUGCUAUUUCCGCGAUCGGCCAGGUCGAUAUGCGUUCGCGUCGCGUUCUACUCCUUCGAUCGUAACGUUUUUUACAUUCGCGUAUGAUACCUCGAGCUGUCGACCUGUCAAGAGGUAUCCUCGAUCACGGUGGAAUCAAAGGUUAUAACCUGUCAUCGUCGCCAUCGUCCUCGGCAUCGUCGACGUCGUUGUCGUCAAUCUUAAUCAGCUGUUUCGGGGGUAACCGUCCAAUAGCGGUGUUUCCAAAAGUUUGCACAACAAGACAGCCUACGUGGUAAACCUGAAGAGUCCGGAGAGCACGAAGGCGAGAAGAAAUGAGUUGGACGUGACACAAUGACAUGAUGAAGAGCCUGGUGGGGAUCAUGUGGAUAGUGUUGGUGCUCAUAUCAGGAUGCUCAGGAAAUCCAGACGCGAAGCGACUGUACGACGAUCUCCUGUCGAAUUACAACAAGCUGGUUCGUCCAGUGGUCAACGUCACAGACGCCCUCACCGUUAAAAUCAAGCUCAAACUUUCGCAGUUGAUCGAUGUAAAUCUCAAGAAUCAGAUCAUGACGACGAACCUAUGGGUUGAACAGUCAUGGUACGAUUACAAGUUAAAAUGGGAUCCAAAGGAAUAUGGUGGUGUUGAAAUGUUGCACGUGCCAUCCGAUCAUAUAUGGAGGCCCGAUAUAGUUUUGUACAACAACGCUGACGGUAAUUUCGAGGUAACUCUGGCAACAAAGGCAACGUUAAAUUACACGGGAAGAGUCGAGUGGAAGCCACCGGCGAUAUACAAGUCUUCCUGUGAGAUUGACGUAGAAUAUUUUCCGUUCGACGAGCAAACGUGCGUGAUGAAGUUUGGCUCGUGGACUUACGACGGCUUUCAGGUCGAUUUGAGACACAUCGAUGAGAUACGUGGCAGCAACGUCGUCGAUAUCGGCGUCGAUCUAUCGGAAUUUUACACUUCCGUCGAGUGGGAUAUCCUCGAAGUGCCAGCCGUAAGAAAUGAAAAAUUUUACACGUGCUGCGACGAGCCCUACCUCGACAUAACGUUCAACAUCACCAUGAGACGGAAGACUCUGUUUUACACCGUGAAUCUUAUAAUACCGUGUAUGGGUAUCUCGUUUCUCACCGUGUUGGUCUUCUACCUGCCAAGCGACAGUGGCGAGAAGGUCAGCUUAUCAAUUUCAAUUUUACUGUCGCUGACUGUGUUCUUCCUUCUGCUGGCCGAAAUUAUCCCGCCCACAUCGCUGGUGGUACCGCUUCUCGGUAAAUUCGUCCUUUUCACCAUGAUCCUAGACACCUUCAGUAUAUGCGUAACCGUGGUAGUCCUCAAUGUUCACUUCCGGUCGCCACAAACGCACGUGAUGGCACCAUGGGUCCGUCGUGUUUUUAUCCAUGUUCUGCCAAGGCUACUGGUGAUGCGCAGGUAUAAUACGUCUUCGAAGAGAACCGAUUACAAUUCCAGGCCGCAAUACCAGAUAGACAAACGUAGCAUGGCUGGUCAUCACGGUCAACGUGUUAUGGUUAGAACGUGCAACGGUCUCGAGUUACGAGAUCCAUCUUUGUUCGUGGAAACCUCGGCAUCGGAGCUGGUUGAAUCUUCCGUUCUGUUCCCGAGUCUCGAUUCGCGGGACGAAUUACACCCUCGGGAAUUGGAAGCGGUCAAUUUGGGAAGCGCGUGCCGUAUUCAUGGCUCCCCAGCGGCCACAGCUGCUCCUCCACCUCAACUACCGACCGAGGAGAGCGUGGACGCUCUCUGUAACACGCUUCAUCAUUGGCAUCACUGCCCAGAAUUGUACAAGGCCAUCGAAGGCAUACGUUUCAUUGCCGACCAUACGAAAAGAGAAGAGGACUCUACCAGAGUGAAAGAAGAUUGGAAGUACGUCGCGAUGGUUCUCGACAGGUUAUUCCUCUGGAUUUUUACGUUAGCCGUGGUCGUUGGUACAGCGGGAAUAAUCCUGCAGGCCCCGACCUUGUACGAUGAUCGGAUCCCCAUCGAUGUGCGACUGUCCGAGAUUGCCUCUACCACUGCCAAGCCACACAUCGUUACAAGCCUUUGAGAGACAAUUCUUACCCCCGUGUACAACGCAUGCUCACAUACAUAAAAAAAAUACGUACAACUACAUACAAACAGCUAUAGAACGUAAUGUACGCAACGACGCGACGCGACGCGACGCGAUGCGACGCAACGCAAGGAAGAAAUGUAAAAUGCGUUAUCGUUGACCAGCGACUUUUACAAGAAGAAGAAGAAGAAGAAGAAGAAGAACAACAACAACAACAACAACAACAACAACAACAACAGCAACCGCGUACUAUCAAUUAUUUCGGUGUACUUACAAGUGUCUGAUAUGAUUAACAUUCUGUGAAUCGAUGCGAUGCUUCUAACUAUAACUACUUCAAUCAGAAUUGCUACACCAGAAUUCUUCACAAGUACUCUUGUUGUUGAAAUAUCUUGUUGUUGUGUUUCUAUCGCUUGCACCUAAUUUCUUUAUCAACACAUUCAUUCAUCGUCUAUACAUUUCGUAUAACAAUUUUAGUUGUAACCUUCUUCUCGUUGCCUUGUAAGGUUCAUUAACGAUCAAAUACCUUCGACUACUCGUAUUAUCGCACUAUGUAUCAUGAUUGAUAUAAACGAGAAUAAUUCCUUCUCGUUUAACGUUCAUUGAUACAUAUUUUAAUAUCAGAUUCUUUGGACAUCAAUUUUAUUGGAAGAGAUAUUUCAUUUUCUCUGUAUAAUAUGGUGCAGUUUAAUUGUAAUAAUUCUUUUGUAUUUUACCGAACACGAGGCUAAUAGAGGUUUCUCAUCCCUGGUGUUAACGACUGAAAGACUGAAGCCUCGGCAAGUCUUUGACUUUUUUGCAUAAAUUAAAAACGAUUAACGGCCAAUUAAACUGCAGUUUUACCUGCUCAAGACAAGGGUUCUCAAAAGCAUACGCACACGAACGGCUAGAACGUAGAGAUAAAGUAAAAUGAUUAAUGGAGAUGACAAAUUUCGACUCUCUGAGCUUUAACAAAACGGUAAACUGGAUUUCUUUCGAUCUUCCUUUAAAGUCUUUCAAAAUCGUUUUCUGAUCGCUUAAUCGAUCAGAUUAAGAUUGAUGGAUUUAUUUUCUACUAACCCUUUGAUGAUGCUCAGAGAAAUUAUUGUUAGCCCUUAUGAUACACGUGGAUAAAAAUUGGAAGUAAUAACAAUGGCAUUCCUAGAUGAAUAAAAGUGCAAACAUAUUUCUCGAUCUCUGAUUCGUAAUAAACGUUAUUCGUUCAUUCAAAGAGCAAGAAAUGUGUUCUCGCACAAAUAUUUUAGAAGGAAUCGUAUUACAGUUCGUUGUUUUAUUAUUAUUAAUAUAUAUCGCGAACGAAAAACGUAAGCUGUAGAAAAAAUAUAUUAAAAGUAAUAAGAAGAACAGGUUGUCGAAACGUGUACACGAUGUAGUAUUAAUUACGGAAAGAUCUAUAAAGGGGUUCAAUUUCGUGGCAGUUGCAUUUACGUCGCAAUUGUGAUUCUUCCAUCGACUACACAUUAUGUACCCUCGACGUUCGUACUUGAAAGAGUCAAUCGUGUUUAAGUAUCUGAUUGUGCAGAAUAGAAGAAAGAAAUCGCAAAAACAUGGGACCGAAGCGUUAUGUAUCUAUGUAUUUUACACUCGUUAAUCUCGAAACGAAACGAUACGAAACGAAACGAAGAACGUUGAUUAUAAUGAAACGGGAAAGAAUCACAACGACGAAAGUGUGGAUGGCAUGGAAUUCGACAAAGCCUGUUGCAGACUCAGGAAGAAUGAAAUAAAACUAUUGAAUGAUUUCAGAAAUUUACAUCGAGCCUGUAACAAUGGGGCCAUAUUUUCACAAAAAUAUUUAAAAGAAAAAGUAAACAAACCGAGAGGAAGAAGAACUAUAGGUGCCAUUCUCUCGUUGAAGCUGUAAAUUCUAAAUGUUUUACAAGAUGAAAAGGAAGAGAAAGAGAGAAAGGAAAAAAAAAUGGUUGGGCCUAAGAAAGUUUCACCGACUCAACUUUUAUUGCUCAUAAUACGUACUGUGUUUGUAAUAAGAUUAACUUUCGUAAUAAUUGCGUUCGUUCCAACAAUAUCGGCGAACCGUAGACGUUUGUUAAACAAUGUCAAAGUGGCGUGCAAAAAAAGAAAAGAAAAGAAAAGAAAAGAAAAGAAAAGAAAAGAAAAGAAAAGAAAGGCGGAACGUGCGAAGAAAGAAGAAGGUCAUAUAAUUUGUUCAUCCUGCGAUCGCGUUCAAAUAAUUUACUGUCUAUCCUGCGCUAUAAAAUUAAAAAAAAAAAAAAAACCUCGAUCCACAAUAAAAGCUCGUCAUCAACAGUAGUUGCAUUGAAAAGAAACAGCACUUUAACAAUUUUAUACGCGCUAUUCCAGGCAAAGUUAUUAGUCAAUAAAUUACCCAACGAUACGCGUCCUCGAAA